CAUGAACAAAAGUUAACACGCCCCAUGUAAGCACAUUCAAGCAUUUUUCCUUGAACAUCAAUGUUCUACGAGAAGCAAUUGACAAACAUAUGGCUAUUCCCAGAUUGUAACCUCAAUUUUUUUGACCUGGUUUCACAUAUUGGAUGAUGGAGAUGUCUAUUCAACAUGAAAAUUCUGAUACCAAUGAAGUAUCUGGAUCAAGAUCUUGCCUUUAUGAUCUAUUUUGUUCCGAAACUCCGGGUUUGGAUACAUUAAGUCAAAGAGAACGAUGGAUGUCUUCUGGUCCACAAAAAAGGUUAGAAAAUCUGAUACGUCAAGCUGGGAAUAAAUAUUGUGCUGAUUGUGGAUCAUUGGAACCAAAAUGGGUGUCUUCAAGUCUUGGAGUAUUUAUUUGCAUCAAAUGCUCUGGUAUACAUAGAAGUCUAGGUGUCCACAUAUCAAAGGUUUUAUCACUAAAUCUAGACGAAUGGACAGAUGAACAAGUUGAUGCAUUGGUGAAGUUGGGUGGAAAUACACUAAUCAACAAGAAGUAUGAAGCUUGCCUUCCAAGUAACAUUAAAAAGCCAAAACCAAAUUCUUCCAUUGAGGAGCGCUAUGAUUUUAUUAGGAAAAAAUAUGAAUUCCUACAAUUUUUGGAUACGGAGGAGAAUUUGUCUUGUCCCUUUGUACCAUUUCAUGCAAAAAAUUCAUCAAACUCACAGUACAAUUCCUCAAAUAACAAUGCCCUACACAAUAAAAGGCAUUAUGAUAAAGUACCAACUAAAAAUCGUUUUGGGAACGCCUUUCGAAAUAAUUGGACAAAAAAAGAUUCUGAUCACAAGAAUGCAAAAAAGAGCAACUCAUUGGUAGGUAUGAUUGAAUUUGUUGGGCUAAUCAAGGUUAAUAUGGUUAAAGGCAUUAACCUAGCUAUCCGUGAUGUAAUGUCUAGUGACCCUUAUGUCAUCAUAUCUCUUGGUCACCAAACAGUGAAGACACGUGUCAUUAAGAACAAUUUAAACCCAAUUUGGAAGGAAAGCCUAAUGUUGUCAAUUCCUGAUGACAUUCCUCCUCUUAAAAUGGUUGUGCUUGACAAGGAUACUUUCUCAACUGAUGAUUUUAUGGGAGAGGUUGAAAUAAACAUUGAACCUUUAGUUUCAGCUGCAAAGGCAUGCGAGAAAUCAUCAACCAUUGAGUCCAUACAACUUGGAAAAUUGGUAGCGAAUGGUGACAACACUCUUACUAAAGAUGGUAUCAUCUUCCUUGAAGAUGGGAAAGUCAAACAGGAGGUAUCAGUGAGGCUACAACAUGUUGAGAGAGUGACAAUUUGGUGAAAUGAAUUUAAUGCAUCAAUGGAGACUUCUCAUCUCAAGAAACCUAUAACAAAGACAGAUGAAGGUAGCUUGUGAGGAACUCUCAAGAUUUUGCAAUAGUCAUCUGCAUCCAGACUACUAUAUAAGAAGCUUCAUGAUCAAAAAUAAAAAGAACUUUUGUACUAAUUAUUAUUCAUCGAUUCUUUCUUUAAAGACUUCAAUUGAUUGCAUCACGUCUUAUUCGUAAGAUGAAACAAAAUUUGUAAAACUUUAUCCAGAUAUAACUAUUGUUAUUUGGUUGAGCUUAGAGAAGCUUGUUUGUAAAAGAAUACUUGUUUUAGCAUAGAAAGGAUUGUUCGCAAAAUAAUAUCUGGUGUUGAAGUUUGGAGAGGCUUUGCUUGAAAAGAAUACUUGGGUAGAUUGCUUGAAGAGACAAUUCAAAGAACACUCAGGUUUAAGCUAGAAGUGACUUGUUAAAAGAAUACUUGUAUCUUAUUUAAGAUAAUGGAACUUAAU